AUGAACGAGAGACAGGAUGAACAUGGACAUUUGAAAAUAUACCUGCCCAAAAAGCUGCUUGAAUGUCUACCAAAAUGCUCUACAUUGCCAAAAGAGAGACACAGGUGGAACACCAAUGAGGAAAUUGCAGCAUACUUGAUAACAUUUGAAAAGCAUGAGGAAUGGUUGACAACAUCACCUAAAACAAGGCCACAGAAUGGGUCGAUGAUCCUCUACAAUAGGAAGAAGGUGAAGUACAGAAAGGACGGCUACUGCUGGAAAAAAAGGAAAGAUGGGAAGACCACGCGGGAGGAUCACAUGAAGCUCAAAGUACAAGGAGUGGAGUGUCUGUACGGCUGUUAUGUCCACUCCUCCAUCAUCCCCACCUUCCACCGCAGGUGCUACUGGCUUUUACAGAACCCAGACAUUGUGCUGGUCCACUACCUGAAUGUGCCAGCUAUCGAGGAUUGUGGAAAGCCAUGUGGGCCCAUCCUGUGCUCCAUCAAUACAGACAAGAAAGAAUGGGCUAAAUGGUCGAAGGAGGAACUUAUUGGCCAGCUGAAACCCAUGUUUCAUGGCAUCAAGUGGACUUGCAGCAAUGGGAACAGCAGCUCUGGCUUCUCUGUGGAGCAGCUGGUACAGCAGAUACUGGACAGCCACCAGACCAAGCCUCCUCCCCGGACUCACAACUGCCUCUGCACUGGCACUCUGGGUGCUGGGAGCAGUGUGCAUCAUAAGUGUAACAGCGCCAAACACCGCAUUAUCUCGCCCAAAGUGGACCCUCGUUCUGGAGGUUACAGCAGCACCCACUCCGAGCUUCAGAAUAAUGAUGUGUCUGAGGGUAAGACAGAACACAGCCAGAGCAGCAAAAACAGCGGAGGAGGGAGCGUACGUGAAAAACGCAAUGGCAAGGUACACAAACCUGCACUGCUGCACCAGAACAGCACUGAGGUCUCCUCUACCAAUCAGGUGGAAGUGCCAGACACCACCCAGAAUUCCCCUGUGUCCAUCAGCAGCGGGCCGAAUUCUGACCCCGACAUGGCUGACAGCCCAGCAGUCACAGGCAUGGGCCAUGUUGCCUCUGUUAUGAGCAGCCUAUCCCAGAGUGUUUUCAUGUCUGAGGUGACUGGGGAUCCUGUCUACAGCAUGUCCCCCACAGGAGGCUCCAAUACCCAUAUUAUGGGCCCUGAUGCCACCUCUCACAGCUUGGUCUUAGCAGUCACCUCUGACAGCCACAAGUUUGCCUUUCCAGGAAGUGGGAGUGCAGAUACAGGAGGUCCUGGAGCAGACGAGCUGUCCAUGCUUUCUGCCUCUGGCGUAUCAGAGGAGCUUGUCCUCUCCAGCAGCCUAGACUCCAGCAGCAUCAAAAUCCCAGAAACCACUAUGAAUUUCGACCCCGACUGCUUCCUAAACAACCCGAAGCAGGGCCAGACAUAUGGGGGAAGUGGAUUAAAGCAGGAGAAUGGCACAUGCAGUGGCUCGUCCUCAACGACAAGUAGCACCAACGGUUUGCAACGCUCGCCAACUAUGUCCGAUUCAAACUAUGGCUUCAGCUCUGCACUGGUGAAGAACAUCAAGACCGAGGACACCUCCUUCGAGGAGCAGCUGGCCAAAGAAGGGAGCUACCAAGUGGGAGCAGUUGUAAGCUGUAGUGUUUCCAGUGGCUCUGGAGCCCAGAACUCACUCACCUUGACCCCUACUGCCUCUCUGCUUCCCUCUGGAGGGGGCCUGAGUCCGAGCACCACCCUGGAGCAGAUGGAUUUCAGUGCUAUAGAUGCAAAGCAGGACUACUCCGCCGGUGCCACAGCAGUAGGUUAUAGCCAAGCAAUGAACAACUUAGCUCACCAGAACCCAUCUUCAAGCUUUUUUCUACAAGAAGCAACACAGACAGCCCAGAACCAGCAAGGCCGGCAGAGCUCUAGUCAGAAGGGCCACCUGCUGGAACAUAACGCCCCUGACGGGGCUUACAUGGGUCUGCAUGUUGUAAAGACAGAAUCGCCUGGCAGUAAUGGCCACCUCCACCAUCAUCACACCAACCAGGGCCAGUACAGACCCAACUGCAAUGGAGGCUCACCCACUGAGGGACAAGGACAGGGUGGCUCAUUGCAAAUCCUUCAGUACCAAGGAGGUUUCCCAGGCCUUGGCCCAGAGCACGAGGAAGUGGUUGGCAUGGAUCAGAACCGCAAUGUUAGGUCCAGUCAGGCUGGGGCCACAGAAAAUGGAACAAAUGGUUUACUAAAAUCUGGGGAUCAUCUACAAGCCUGUGGAGAAAGUGGAGGAGCAGAUCAUUUCAUGCAGCAGAGUUCUGAGAAUGGAGUGGGAGCUUUGAGGAAUGGAUGCACCACAAGUGGGCCCAACAACGGCUCGCAACAGCAACUCCAGCCACUGCUUCAGGGAGCUAAUUUGGUUCAGGGGCUCUACAACACUCAUCACGGGCUUAGCGGGGCUGGAGUCAAUGGUGGAGGAGGCACAGGAAUGGAAAUUAGCUUGGAUCAUUUUGACAUCUCUUUUGGAAACCAGUUUUCUGACCUCAUCAAUGACUUCAUCUCAGUGGACAGCGGAGCCACAGUGGUAGGGGCUGCAGGGACAUUAUAUACCCACCAGUUGGUGGCCCCACCUGGGCCCGAAGGAACAGCCACCUCAAGUGGGAACCAACAGCAAGGUCAAGAGGAUACAACCAACAGGGCAGCAGGAUACAACCCUUCAGAGCUUUGCCUCCAGUCGUGCUGCAGCCCCCAAUCUUUAGGUGGAGGUGCAGGUGCUGGUGGAGGGUCAGGAGAGACAGGCCCACUGGCCUACAUGCAUGUCGCUGAAGUAGUGUCAGCAGCAGUGGCCCAGGGCACUCUGGGAAUGUUGCAGGCCACUGGGCGGCUUUUCAUGGUCACAGACUACUCUCCAGAGUGGUCCUACCCAGAGGGUGGUGUAAAGGUCUUAAUCACAGGGCCAUGGCAAGAAGACAGCAGCAGCUACACCUGUCUGUUUGAUCAGAUCUCUGUCCCUGCCUCCCUCAUUCAGCCUGGAGUUUUACGUUGCUACUGUCCCGCCCAUGACACAGGCUUGGUGACUCUGCAGGUGGCUGUCAGUAAUCAAAUCAUCUCUAACUCGGUUGUGUUUGAGUAUAAAGCCCGUGCACUGCCCUCCCUACCUUCAUCCCAGCACGACUGGCUGUCACUUGAUGAUAACCAGUUCAGAAUGUCCAUCCUGGAGCGGCUGGAACAGAUGGAGCACAGGAUGGCUGAGAUGGCUGGUCAGCAGCAGCAGGGCAGCGGAGGAACAGCAGGGACUGGAGGGGCAGGGGGAGCAGGAGGUGGAAAUGGAGGUGUUAACAGCCAGUCUCAGUGUGUCUCGGGACAAGCAGGAAGCUCUUUUGAGAGUCGUGUGGUUGUUGUUUGUGAGAAGAUGAUGAACAGGGCCUGUUGGGCCAAAUCCAAACAUCUGAUUCACUCCAAGACCUUUCGGGGCAUGACCUUGCUACACCUUGCUGCAGGCCAAGGCUAUGCCACCCUCAUCCAGACUCUUAUCAAAUGGCGCACGAAGCAUGCAGACAGCAUUGAUCUGGAACUUGAGGUGGACCCUCUCAACGUGGAUCACUUCUCUUGUACUCCACUGAUGUGGGCUUGUGCAUUGGGUCACCUAGAGGCAGCUGUGGUCUUGUACAAGUGGGACCGGAGAGCACUGGCCAUCCCAGACUCUCUAGGGCGUCUGCCCCUCUCCAUCGCCCGUUCCCGUGGCCACACCAAGCUGGCAGAGUGUCUGGAGCAGCUCCAGAGGGAGGAACAGCAGCAGCAGACCCCAUCCUCCUUACCCCCUACCUCUAGCAUGUCUUUCUCUCCCAAUCCUGACAUCCCCACCUCUAACAGCUGGAUGGUCAGCUGGGGCAGCGACAGUAUGGUGGCCCCCAGCGGGCAGAACACUGGUACAGACACCACUACUGCAACCCCUUGCACCAACCAGAACCUUGAUUUAAGAAGACCAAGAUCAGAGCCCUCCAGCUACUACAGCAACGAGUGCCAGCGGGACCUCCCCCUCGCCAAAAAACACAAGCCCAACCCUGAGCUUGUGCAAGCACAGCUGGAUAAACCCAUGUCUGUUUCCUUGAACAUGGAACAGCAGACACAUAAACUGUCAACCAGCCCAAAGACCCUUUUUUCCACUCCAUCCAGCCCGGAUAAGAGUGUCUCUGAGGAGGGUUUGGGGACAGUGGGCAUCCAGCAAGCCAAGAUGGCCUAUUACCGUGGAGGGCAUAAAUGGGGCACUAGAGAAGGGCUCAGGAACAGUGGCAUCAGCGGCAUAGGGAAGGAGAAGUUGGCCAGUCGGUUGCGACAGCGUGGCGAACCCCUCAGCAUGCUGGGAAUGGUGGAGAGAGAGAUAGUUGACACUGAGAUACUUUCUUACAAGGAGGAUCUAGAGAACCAGGACUGCCUCUCUCACAUGGAGGACCUGCAGGCGAAUAUGAUGAGCCUGGCAGAGCACAUCAUUGAUGCCACUCCAGAGCGUAUCAAGCGGGAACAUUUUCCAACCAUGGAGUCUGGUCCUCUGGACAACAGUGGGCUCACCAACACCAUGAGCUGGCUAGCCAGUUACCUGGGAGACGUGGAACACCUGCCCAGCAUCAUCCACUUUAGUCCCAUAUACAGUGAACCCCUGACGCCUCCCUCCAACCCUAGCCUGAGCCCGGGUAACUCGCCCAUGCGUGAGGGCCCAUUUGAGAAGCCGGCCUUGCCUGCUCCAUCUGAGUGGAGUGAGUUUCUCAGAGCCUCCAACAGCAAAGUGGAGAGAGAGCUAGCCCAGCUCACACUGUCCGACCCCGAGCAGAGGGAGCUCUACGAAGCUGCACGGCUGGUGCAGACCACUUUUCGCAAGUACAAGGGACGCCCACUGCGCGAGCAACAGGAAGUAGCCACCGCUGUCAUUCAGCGCUGUUACAGGAAGUACAAGCAGCUAACAUGGAUAGCCUUGAAG